AGUAAACAACCCAUAAACGGAAAAGGAUCAAGAAGAAAUCUACGGGAACGAUGUCAAAGUGAGGCAAGCAAGCAGAAAAACUAGAAUUCCUAAGCCUGUCCAGUACACCCGAAUGCUGGAAAAAUCGCGUGACGUUAAUAUUUUCCUUCAAGGUCAUUCGUGUGUGUGUGUGUUUCAGAUGGGAACGUACAGGAGUACAGCAGAAGACUGUCCGCAUAUGUCGGAUUGAUUGUGUGGUGAGAGGAAGUUGAACUGGAGUAGUUUUUUUCUACAACAAACACUUCCCAGCAGCAGCAGUUUCCCCAGGUUUGUGUGUUUCUUGAAGCUUUUUUUCCCUUCAAAACAAUCCUCGCCCCAAAAGUAACUACGACAAAUCAAAGCACGGUCACGGGAAAAGAGACAAAUCCAGCUGCUUUUUCGAGUGUGUAAUUGAAUUAGAAACAUGUCAGCCAUUGAAUUGCUUAAGGAACUUAUCAAAGCUUCGGAAAAGGCCGCCAAUAUUGCUCGAGUGUGUCGGAAAAAUGAGCACCUUUUUGGUCUGCUGGUGCAGGAAAAGUCCGUCGAAGAAUCGAACAGCAGAUUCGAGCACGAUUUCAAGACGCUGGCCGACUGUUUGAUCCAGGAAACGGUGAAGCAUGACAUCGGAAAAUUGUUUCCAGGGCUGGAGGAAAACGUUCGAGGAGAGGAGAAUCCUAAAUUUACUAACGCAACUGGUGAAACGGUUACUGUUACUGUGACUGACGAUAGGAACGAAACUAUCGAUAAUAUUCAAAAGGUUUUGAAUGGUGACCGUGAGGCUGCCGAGCAACUGGUUGAGGAAGUGUUUCGUGAAAUCGAAAUCGACUUGGAUAAGUGGCAAAUCCCCGAAGAAUCGAUAGCUCUGGAUAAUGAUGUAUCCGAGUUGGGCAUCUGGAUUGAUCCGAUCGAUGCCACUGCGGAGUAUAUUCGUGCACAAGAUAAAACCACUAAAUAUCCUAAUAUUAUGGCGUCAGGGUUAACCUGUGUCACGGUCCUGAUUGGAGUUUAUGAAACUGUUUGUGGAGAUCCCAUAAUGGGCAUUGUCAAUCAACCGUUCGCCAGUAAAAAUGAAGCUGAAGACUAUGAGAGUAAAAUCUACUGGGGUCUGACCGUAGGAGACUUGAAGUUUAAUAACAUUCAAGCUGUUGAGAACGAAGAUAGAAUUGCGAUAUUGUCCCCCUCGGAGCAAUCCAAAUACGUAGAGUUCCUCAAGAACCAGCUAAAGUACGACAUCGUCUACUCGUCCGGUGCUGGUCACAAAAUUUUGAAAGUUAUCACUGGCGAAGCGGAGUUGUUUUUGCUCAGCAAAGGUACCACCUAUAAGUGGGACACGUGCGCACCCCAAGCGAUCUUGCGAUCGCUGGAUGGUGAGCUGUUCAAUUUACAGGAAACUUUGAUUAACAAAUCUCUGAAGAAAAUAUCGUACCGCGAGAAAAAAAUCAUCCGCAACACGGGAGGUUUGAUUGCAUAUCGAAACAUCGAAAAAUUCAAAGAUUUUCUCAAACUGUAAAUUUUUUGUUCGAUUGAUUCUGCAUUGAGAUUUGCGCGCUAGAGAACAUCUAAAAAUAUUUACACAAGCUGAACCCAGAGAAAAAAAAAACAAACGUUAUUGUGAAAUCUAGUCCCCAACUGCAUAGUGACAAUUGAUUGUAGUCAACAGUCAUGAAAUAGUGUUUGAAUGUUCAACAUAUAUUGAUAUUUAAUGUAGAUAUAGUUAUAAAACUAUGCAAAAAAUUUACUGUGAGCUAAACAAAAAAAAAGCAUGCAAUAGACUUUUCGACGCACUCGUUGUGCAGUUUAACGAUACUUUAAGAAUCUCAUAGCUUUUAUUUACCCCACUUUGCUUCAGCAAACUAAAUUGUGUUUAUUGUGAUAAUAAAGCUACGUACUAACUUUUGCUUCCUACUGUUACCGCGUAUACACACCCGAGAGAAAUUGAGGUACGAAAUAGUAGCAAAUAAAAAGAAAGUAUUCUUUUGUUAAGCUAUUUAUAAUGCAACGUGAAAAUGCAUGCCUGUUGGGUACCUAUUUUGCUAUUGUUCAAAACAAAACAAAAAAAAUAUUACACCGAUUGGUUCGGUAAGCGAGCCAAUAUAAAACAAAAAAUACACUUUGAUGUGAAACGAAUAUAGAACAAAUAUCAAUUAGAAGAGCUUUAAUGUAUUAACUAGGAUGUAGAUGCGCAUUUGAAAUGCAAAACACGAUGUAUGUGUACGUAUUGUGAAAAUAAAAUUAUUGACCGAGUUGUGAAA